UUAAAAUCUGAAAAAUAUAUAGACUCUUAUCAGUUGGAACCAUGAAGCUAUAACUUUAAGUAGUAUACUGGCCAAACAAAUGUAUUUAAGCAAGAAACUUCUACUUAGUAUAUUUUUAAUUAAUUUUUAAGAGCAGUACACUCUUCAAUAUAUGACAAACAUUUUAGGUUUUUAAAUGACUGGUAUGAAAGCAUAACCUAUUAGUUAAUUUUAAUACAAUGUAUGUAUCCAAGUGCUAUUUUUUGUUGUUGUUUUAAAUGGCUUCAUAACAAUUUAAAUUUUAAAUAUAUUGCCAUACUUUUAGUACUGGUACAAAUUAGUGUUGUUUUUCUCUCAUGCAUUUCUCAUUAGUAAUCUUUUUUGCUUUCUCUACUCAAUCACCUUGAAAAUCAUCCCAGUAAUGGGCCACCCUACUCAACUUUACUCCCUCUCCACUCCUUCAAUACUUGACAGUGUUCAGGCAAAGAAAAAUAUUGUUGGGAUUACAGUUUGCUUUUAAAAAAAUGGAUACCCUAUCUGAUGGCAAGAGAGUCAGGAGUAAAAUGGUCACUACACAGGAAUUGGUACUUACUGGGAACCUGAGAAUCUCACUUCAUAUUCUUUAACCACUUUUCAAUUCUUUCUUUGUAAUGUAGAGGAAAAGUGAAAUUUUAAAAAAGAAAGAGAACUUUGAUGUAUUUUUUUAAAGUUUUGCCAAAUGAUUAGCUUGCAUAUAAUAUCUAAGUAAUCUAUUACUGAGUACUGCAAAAGCAAGAAUCUCUGUAACGAUCACCAGCAAGCUGAACAAGCUAGGAAGAACAAGCUAGUAAGCAGCACCCCCCAUUAGCUCCUGCCCUGCUUAAGUUCGCGUCCUGAUGUCCUCUAAUUAUGAACAGGGAUGUUCACCAUGCUCUUUAAGAAAUCUAGAUUUUUCCUGAAUAAUUUCUCACAUUGACUUAAUUUUUUUUUUGAUAUUUUGUUUCACUAUUGUCUUAGGGUUUUUACUGCUGUGAACAGACACCUUGAUCAAUGCAAGUCAUAAAGGACAACACUUAACUGGGGGCUGUCUUACAGGUUCAGAGUUUUAGGCCAUUAUCAUCAAGGUGGGAGCAUGGUAGCAUCUAGGCAGGCAUGGUGCAAGAAGAGCUGAGAGUUCUACAUCUUCACCUGAAGGCUGCUAGUGACUAACUUCCAGGCAGCUAGAGUGAGAGUCUUAAGCCCAUGCCCACAGUGACACACCUACUCCAACAAGGCCAUGCUUUCUAAUAGUGCCACUUCCUGGGCCAAGCAUAUACAAACUAUCGUAUUCCACUCCCUGGCCCCCAUAGUCUUGUUUAAACAUAUGAGUCUAUGGGGACCAUACCUAAAUAUACCAUGUGUAAAAUACAUUUAGUUCGACUACCAGUCUCCAUAGUCUAUACCAGCCUAAAAAAUGUUAAAAGUCCAAAGUUCAAGGUCUCUUCUGAGAUUCAUCACAAUCACUUAACUGUAACCCCUAAAGCAAGACAGGAAACCAGCUGGACAAAGUCCAAACUCUGCAUCUCCAUGUGUGAUGUCAAAGUGGUCUUCAGAACUCCAGCUCCUUUUUCAUCUUUGUUGACAGCAACAAACUUCUUUCACCUUAGCUGGUUCCACUCUGUUAGCAGCUUUUCUCAGUAGACAGACCAUGGCUCUGGCAUCUUGAACAUCUUGCGGGUUCCAAGGCAACUUCAAACUUACAGCUUCUUGUUUCAAUGUCUGAGAACCACACCUGAUCUUCUGGGCUCCCCCAAAGAGCAUAUCUUCUCCAGUUUUGCCCCCUGUAGCACUCUAAGCUCAAGUUGAUCCACUCUAUAGCACUGCUGUUCUUGGUGUCAUCCCAUUGUAUUGGUGUCUCCAAUACACUGGGGUCUUCUGCUGCAACUAGGCUUCACCAAUAGCCUCUCAUAGGCUUUCCUCAUGCUGCCAAGUCUUAGCUUUUUGCAUGACCAACCCCUUCAGUCCUGGGCCAUCAACUGCAACUGAGGCUGCACCUUCACCAAUGACUUUCCAUGGCCUCUCACAGUGCCAAGCCUCAGCUGUUCUUCAGGAUGCCUUCAUAUCUUCAAAACCAGUACCACCUGGGUGAAUCUUAUACAUUACCCAGUACAGCUGCAGAAGGAGGUACAAUUUUGGCUAUCUCUAGUACAGUUUCUUUGUGCUCUCAGAAAACACUUCCCAGAAAAUUUCACCUCAGUAAUGCUGGUCUCUUCUUUAUCACCACUAGUUUCUUAGUUCCAGCUAACAAGCAUCAAUUGUGCAAGUAAUCCCUUCUAUUCUUGACUCUAAAGCCAGAGCCACUUAGUCAAAGCUGACUAGUUCUGCUGCUUGUAGGACCUGGAACAUGGUCACAGUAUCACUAGCUUCCUCUUUUGCAACUCCUUCACUGCCCAAGCUUGGCUGUAGAUUGCACUGUAUAUUGACCUUGAACUCAGAGAGCUGCAUGCCAGUCUCCUGGGAUUAAAGGUGGUCAUCACUACACCUGAUUUUGAUUAAAGCUUUUCUUCACCUAGAACUUGCUCUGUCCUAGGCUGGCCUUGAACUCAGAGAUCUAUUGCACUUUAUCUCCUGGGAUUAACGGUGUGUGCCACCAUGCCUGGAUCUAAAUUUAGCAAGGUAGGAUCUUGCUCCAAAGUCUCACUUUCUUAAUUCAGUGAUAUCCUUGAAUACAUGAUUCUGCUCCAUUUCACUUACUGGUGCCCCUUUAAUGCUCUAACCGUAUACUUUAUAUUUUUCCUUUCUAAACUACGUGAUUGUUCAAAAUGUUCUUCAUGAGACUUAACCAGAGAACAGAGUCUAUGUUGGGCAUCUCUUAAGACUUCCUUUGUCAAUGCAAUUAAUAUAAAUAUCUUUAUCUUAGCUUUAGACAGACUCUUCGGACAAAGGCAAAAAGCAGCCAUAGUCUUCACCAAAAUACAACAAAAACAGUCUUUAUACCACAUACUGAAAUUCUCUUCUGAAACCUCUUUGGGCCAGGGCUGCAUAAGUCAAAUCACUCUCAGUAGCAAAGACUUCCAUAUUCCUACUAGGAUAACCCAUUAAGCCCCAUUUAAAGUAGUCUACUGCUUUCCAAAUCCAAAGUUCCAGAAUCCACAUUCUUCCAAACAAAAGCAUGGUCAGGCCUAUCACAGCAAUACCCAUGUCCCUGGUACCAACUUAUAUCUUAGGUUUUUACUGCUGUAAAACCAUGACCACUGCUAGUAUGAUAAAGGAUAACAUUUGAAGCUGGCUUACAAGUUCAGAGGUUCAGUCUAUUAUCAUCAAGACGGGAGCAUGGCAGUGUCCAGGAGGGCCUGGUGCAAGAAGAGCUGAGAGUUCUACACCUUCAUCUUAAGGCUGCUAGGGUGAGGGUCUUAAGCCCAUGCCCACAGUGACACACCCACUCCAACAAGGCCAUACCUCCUAAUAGAGCCACUUCCUAGGCCACAAAUAUACAAACCAUUACAACUAUCUUCUGUAAUUUCUUUGAAUUUUUAAGAUAACUGCACUAUUAACUUUCCUUUUUCUUUUUGCUUACAUGAUCUCUCCUAUGAUGUCCAAUGUGGCCUUGAGCUCCCAAUUGUCUUGCUUCAGCAUCCAGAGUGUUGAGAUUAUCAAUGUGCACCACCAUGCCUUGUCCACGGUUAUUAGAAAUGGCAACUCCACAGUCAGUUUUCGUCUUUGCCAUCUGCAUUCUAAUGAUAACAGAAUUAAUCCUGGCCUCAAAAAACUACUAUGAUAUCUUAGGUGUGCCAAAGUCAGCCUCAGAGAGACAAAUCAAAAAGGCCUUUCACAAAUUAGCCAUGAAGUACCACCCUGAUAAAAAUAAAAGCCCUGAUGCUGAAGCAAAAUUCAGAGAGAUUGCAGAAGCAUAUGAAACACUCUCGGAUGCCAAUAGACGGAAAGAGUAUGAUAUAAUUGGACACAGUGCUUUUACUAAUGGCAAAGGACAAAGAAGCAAUGGAAGUCCUUUUGAGCAGUCAUUUAACUUCAAUUUUGAUGACUUAUUUAAAGACUUUAAUUUGUUUGGUCAGAACCAGAACACUCGGUCUAAGAAGCAUUUUGAAAAUCACUUCCAGACACGCCAGGAUGGUUCCAGUAGACAAAGGCAUCACUUCCAGGAGUUUUCUUUUGGAGGUGGAUUGUUUGAUGAUAUGUUUGAAGACAUGGAGAAGAUGUUUUCUUUUAGUGGCUUUGAUAGCACCAAUCGACGCACAGUACAGACUGAAAAUAGAUUUCAUGGAUCCAGCAAGCACUGCAGGACCGUCACUCAGCGGAGAGGGAAUAUGGUUACUACGUACACCGACUGUUCAGGACAGUAGUUGGAUCUUUUCCUGUGUCCACUAAGCCCACCUAGUUUACUCUUCCUCACUAUGUCUGAUGAAAAAAGUUUUCUGUGAACUAGUUUGGCAUGAUUUCACUUAUGUUAAGCAGUUUGUUAUUAGGUAUUUCAUAUAUUGAAAUUUUUUUUUUUUUUUAACAAAACACAUUCAGCUAGUAAACAAUUCUAAUUUUCCUGAUUAGGAAAAGUUCUUUUGAAAGAUCAUUUGAAAGAUAGAUUUUCCUCUUUACCUGUCCUUUGGCUCAUUAAUUUGCCCCUCCCUCCCCCAACAAAAAAAGAAAAUCCCAAACAACUCAGUUAGCCCAACAUACUUAAUGAUUAAAUAAUGAUUAAAUUUUAAGUUAUCAUAGAUUUGCAUUGUAUGAACUUGAAUAAUAUUUGCAGUGAAACCUCUGGGAACUUAAAACUACACAGCCUAUGGUCCCUGUAACUCGGGCUACUAAAUGUAUAUGAAGCUGUAAUUGAGUCAUUUAGUGAAGACCACCAUUGUUUUUGGCUCUUUGCCACUGAAAGCUUUAGAAAGUGAUGGUUUGAUGUCUAUCACAGAAAGAUUCCUCUUCUACAGGAGAAUUGGUGUGAUGGGGAUGAUUGUAUUGCACGUAGUUAAGCUGAAGAAAGUUUAAAAUUUAUAAACUAUUGCCAAGAAAUUGUGUUUUAGUAAUGGGCUAAUGAUUUUGUAUGAUCAAAAUCAUAGCUUUGUAAACUUCUUUUUGAAUAUUUUUGUUUGUUGACUUUCUAGGUCUUCGUAUGAAUUUGUUUUUUGUUUUUGGUGUGUGUGUGUGUAGUUACUCUGUUGCACUUAUCUUUAUCUAGAGAUUGACUAAUACCUCAUUCUUUUUGUAAAAGCAGCCAGUAAUUUCUGUGCAACCUUACUAUGUGCAAUAUUUUUAAAUUUUAAGAAACGUGUGCUUCUUUUGUUGUUAGAGUUAUUUCUUUAGUUCUGCACUUUUCCAUGUUAUACUCCAUAUGAGUAUUAAUCCUAUGGAUGCAUAUGAAAACUAGUAAUGUCUCAUACAAUAUUGUGUGUGAGUGAGAGAAACUAUAAAUAUUUACAACCUGA